UCCCCUGCCGCGGCGGGUUGCCUGCAGGAGUGGCUCCCAGACAGAGCGAGCUAGCGGGCGGAGCGGGCACCUCUGCCUCCGCGCCUCCGCCAAGGACCGGUGGCGCGCCCCCUACCCGGCCCUCCGGGGCCCCGCGGCCCGACGUGCGUCCAGCAGCUUGGUGGCUGGAGGGCGCAACUUUCCCCCCGUUCCGGGCGAGGCGUGGACCGCAGCGGACAACUUGGAAAACUUCUCCGGGGCAGACGGCAGGGACGCCGGGCUCCAGUGGAAGAGGAUGUAGGAGAGUGGUCGCUGGCCCCUAGCAUUCCCCCGAUCUCCUAGGCUCCGUUCGGUCUCGCCAUGGAGCUCCAGCGCCUUCAGCGCAGCCAGGGGGGCGACCCACUUGUCUAGAGGAGCUGGGUGAGACAGCGCCGUCGUUGCCUGGGCACGAGCUGGGCGAGCAGCGCCCCCUCUGGCCACGUCCGGCCCCGCCAUGGACCAUCAGGAGCCCUACUCAGUGCAGGCCACCGCGGCCAUUGCGGCUGUCAUCACCUUCCUCAUCCUGUUCACCAUCUUUGGCAACGCGCUGGUCAUCUUGGCUGUGUUGACUAGCCGCUCGCUGCGCGCCCCACAGAACCUGUUCCUGGUGUCGCUGGCCGCCGCUGACAUCCUUGUGGCAACGCUCAUCAUUCCUUUCUCGCUGGCCAAUGAGCUGCUCGGCUAUUGGUACUUCCGGCGCACGUGGUGCGAGGUGUACCUGGCGCUCGAUGUGCUCUUCUGUACCUCGUCCAUCGUGCACCUGUGCGCCAUCAGCCUGGACCGCUACUGGGCGGUGAGCCGAGCACUGGAGUACAACUCCAAGCGCACCCCACGCCGCAUCAAGUGCAUCAUCCUCACCGUGUGGCUCAUUGCGGCGGUCAUCUCGCUGCCGCCCCUUAUUUACAAGGGUGACCAGGGUUCGCAGCCCCGCGGGCGCCCUCAGUGCAAGCUCAACCAAGAGGCCUGGUACAUCCUGGCCUCCAGCAUCGGAUCCUUCUUCGCACCCUGCCUUAUCAUGAUCCUUGUCUACCUGCGCAUCUACCUGAUCGCCAAACGCAGCCAUCGCAGAGGUCCCAGGGCUAAGUGGGGCCCUCGUGAGGGUGAGUCUAAGCAGCCCUGCUGGGUCCCUGGGGGAGCUUCAGCUACACUGCCAACCCUGGCUUCUCUGGCCGCUUCUGGAGAGGCCAAUGGACACUCCAAGCCCAUUGGGGAGAAGAGAGAGGGGGAGACCCCUGAAGAUCCAGGGACUCCCGCCUUGCCACCCAGCUGGUCUGCCCUUCCCAACUCAGGUCAGGGUCAGAAUGAAGGUGUUUGUGGGGCAUCUCCGGAGGAGGAAGCUGAAGAGGAGGAGGAGGAGGAGGAGGAGGAGGAAGAGGAUCAUGAGCCUCAGGCCUUGCCAGCGUCUCCUGCCUCGGUUUGCAGCCCACCCCUGCGGCAGCCACAGGGCUCCCGGGUGCUGGCGACACUGCGUGGCCAAGUGCUUCUGGGCAGGGGCGUGGGCGCUGCUGUGGGUAGUGGGCAGUGGUGGCGUCGGCGGGCGCAGCUGACCAGGGAGAAGCGGUUCACCUUUGUGCUGGCUGUGGUGAUUGGUGUCUUCGUGCUCUGCUGGUUCCCCUUCUUCUUCAGCUACAGCCUGGGUGCCAUCUGCCCACAGCACUGCAAGGUGCCCCACGGUCUCUUCCAGUUCUUCUUCUGGAUUGGCUACUGCAACAGCUCACUGAACCCCGUCAUCUACACCAUCUUCAACCAGGACUUUCGCCGUGCCUUCCGAAGGAUCCUUUGCCGCCAGUGGACCCAGACGGCAUGCAACCUGAAAGCCAUGGGCUGAAGAUGGUGGCACUGGAGGAUAAGUGGAGCCUGGGUUCCUGCAUUGCAGCUUGGAGGAGAGCUGCCUGACUAACACAGGGCUGUGAUGUGAGCAAGAGAUCAACUUGUGCUAAGCCACAGUGCUCUGAGGGGGGGUGCUUUGUUAGAGCAGCUAGCCUACCCUGAUUUACUAAAAUCUUAGGAGUGACUGUGGGCAAGUCAUGUAACACAAGAUUUGGUUUUCUCAUCUGUGAAAUGAGACAAAAUACCUACCUCACAGAGUUAUGGAAUAAGACAACAACAGGUACUUAAUACUCUCAAUAAUUGAGGCUAUUUGGCAUCAUCACUAGGCCUUUGCUUGAGCGAUUCCCUUGCCUGGCCUUUUCUCCCCAGUCUUCUCCAUUCUGGGCCUCGCUGCUCUGGGGGGCCUUUCUGAGCCUCCAGCUUUAGGGCUUCCACACCUGGCCUCAGCAGGUAGGAGAGACUUUUUCAAACAGAUUCACCCUCUCUCCUCUCAUUGUGCCAGCUGGUGGGAGUGUAGACCACAUGGUCAUUCCAGGAGCCCCUAGGAUAUACACGCAUAGCUCCUCAAGCUGCCGUCCCACUACUGGGUGUCCUUCCAGGAAGCCCACCCACAGGUUCACAGGUGUGUCUACAGUCUUCCCGAGGAUGUUCCUUGUAGUGUUGUUUAUGGUGGUGAAGCAUGGAAUUAAAUCAGCCGUCUGACAUCAGGAGAACAGAUAGGUACGAGCCACAAAGUCGUCGGGGGCCACAAACAAGGCGACCUGCAGCUGCUGGGAGAUCUUAACACAUGCUGCGGCAUCAAAAACCAUGAUGGACAGAGGCUAUGCUGUGAAACCACUCCCAUGAACUAAAAACACAAGUGUAUUCGAAUCAUACUAGUUCAUUCUAAGGAUACAUGGGUAUUUAAGGACAUCCAUGGGGGACUAGGAGGAGGAAGGGGGAGGAGUGGAAAACGGAAAUA